GCUUUUUUCGUUGGAUUGGAUUAGGAUGUGUCGUGUUGGAUAGAUUCUUCAGCUUACUUCUCACUCUACAGUUUGCCACUUCGCUCCCUAGCUUCUUUCUUACUUUCGCUUUCUCUCUCUUUCUUUCCCUUCAUUUUUUUUUUGUAUUUCUGCUUUCUGUUGGCAUGUCUCUAGUUCCAGAUUACUCAUUUAGUUAACCCAUCUGUUGUUUCCCAACAACUUGAAGAAAUUUAUGAGAAAUUUCUGAUGUAUUAUAUUUUAUUCUGUUUUCCACCUCUAUUUUCAGGAAUCUUUUCUGAGAUUUUGGUCUAAUAUUGAGCUGUAACUAUUUCUUUCUGGGAUUUCUUUACUUUACUCAGUCACCCUUUUUCCCCUUAUUUUUUUUUUAAAUUUCUGGAACCAUGUUAUUGUGAAAAUUUUGCAAUUUCUGAUGUGAAAAUUUUGCUUUAUAAAUCAGUUUCUUUCUACCUAUUGUUCUUGGAUCAGCUCUUCCCUCUCUAGUUACUUGCUUCACCUCUUUUUAUCUUCAUAGCUACAUUUGUGCUCCCAAUUCCUACUCUCUGGUGUGUUUGGAAUUCUCUAAAUUUGGUUUUAGAACCAAAAGAGAAAAAUAAAAAGGAUUCCAUUUUUUACUUGCUUGUUUCUGUCUCAUAAAUCUGUGGUCCAAAACCCAUCAAAACAAGUGCUGGUUUGAGAUUCUAGUCAGUUCCAGUGGGCUGUAGCGUAGAAGCUGGCUAGCAGAUUUGAAGAGAAUAAAGAUGAGGCGGUUCUCUGUGGCUGUUGCAUUAAUAUCAUUACUUUCUGUAGCGAGUACAGUGAGUGGAAUAGGUGCCAACUGGGGCACACAAGCAACCCAUCCACUGCCCCCAGAAACUAUGGUGAGGCUACUGAGGGAAAAUGGAAUCCAAAAAGUUAAGCUUUUUGAUGCAGAUUAUGAUACACUGAGAGCCCUUGGUAAGUCUAAUAUUGAGGUCAUGGUGGGAAUCCCAAAUGACAUGCUUUUAUCUCUGGCUACCAGUAUGAAGGCUGCUGAGAAAUGGGUUUCCAAAAACGUCUCUACGCAUAUCUCUGCUGAUAAUGUCAAUAUCAGAUAUGUUGCAGUUGGAAAUGAACCUUUCUUGCAAACAUACAAUGGCAGCUUUCUCAAAACGACCUUCCCAGCUCUCCAGAAUGUCCAAUCUGCCCUUGUAAAAGCUGGGCUGAGCAACCAAGUAAGGGUGACUGUCCCCCUGAAUGCCGAUGUCUAUGGGACCUCAACUGGCGUUCCAUCUGGUGGUGACUUUCGAGCUGAUAUCCAUGAUCUCAUGCUUACCAUUGUCAAGUUCUUGAGUGACAGUGGUUCCCCCUUUACUGUGAAUAUCUAUCCUUUCAUAAGCCUAUAUUCUGAUCCGAACUUUCCAGUGGAGUAUGCCUUCUUUGAUGGAAAUGCAACCCCUCUGAAUGAUGGUGGGACAUCUUACUACAACAUGUUUGAUGCUAAUUAUGAUACUCUUGUGUAUUCCUUGCAAAAGAAUGGAUUUGGAAACCUGCCUAUAAUUGUUGGAGAGAUUGGGUGGCCUACUGAUGGAGAUAGAAAUGCUAACAUAAAUUAUGCCCAACGAUUCAACCAAGGUUUUAUGUCACAUAUUUCGGGUGGGAAAGGAACCCCAAUGAGGCCUGGACCUAUUGAUGCGUAUUUAUUUAGUUUGAUUGAUGAGGAUGCUAAGAGCAUUGAUCCAGGGAACUUCGAACGCCAUUGGGGGAUAUUUACAUAUGAUGGAAAAGCCAAGUACUCCCUUAACCUUGGUACCACAAAUUCAAUAGCUUUAAUUGAAGCAAAAAAUGUCCGUUACCUGGAGGGUAAAUGGUGUGUGAUGAAGUCAUCAGCCAAUAUUGAUGACCCAAAUGUGGCACCUAGUGUGAGCUAUGCUUGUGGACUUGCUGACUGCACCAGCCUUGGUUAUGGGACUUCUUGUGGAGGUUUGGAUGUUAAGGGGAACAUUUCAUAUGCAUUGAACAGUUACUAUCAGAGGCAGAAUCAGCUUGAUAGUGCAUGCAAGUUUGAAAACAUUUCAAUGAUUACCAAAUCUGAUCCAUCAACUGGAACUUGCAGAUUUGAGAUAAUGAUUGAACCGUAUUACGGAGGCACUGAACAUACAGUAGGAUCCCCUCAAAAGGCAUUGGGUUUGGCUGCUGGUCUUACUCUGUUUUUGCUAAUGAUUUUGUAAAUUUCAAGGCUCCUAAUUUUUAGAGGUCUUACUUUGUUUUUGCUAACGAUUUUAUAAAUUUCAAGGCUCCUAAUUUUUAGAGGUAUGAUUUUUCAAUAAAUAAGGUGUAAUGCUGUUCAUUUUUUUUUAGGAGUUUAUAAACCAGGGUUUUGUUUAUAAUG